AUGCCAGGACUGGCGAGGAAACUUCUGAUCUUCGCAGCGGUUGAUGGUGUCUUCCUUCUCCCAGUAGGAAACCGAGGCGCAGAAUCCAACAGCAAAGGAUUCAGGAUCGACUAUGGCACGAACACGGUAUCCUCCGCCACAAAGCAGGACGACGGCGAUGAGAGGGCGCUAGAGGUACACGGAAUCCUCUGGGACAAGCCCGUAUUCACAAUCCGCGAUGUCACCUUAAUCCCGCUCGCUUCCAGAGCUGAAGCACAACGGGCUAUAUCUUCCGCACAGGGAGCUUUGAAACAGAACACAAAAGCAGGAGAGCUGGAAGACACAGAUGUCAGCGAUGUUGGCGAGGAUGCGGAGACGUCCUCGAUCGGAAGUGACGAUGAUAAUGCACCCCAAUCGAAGCCAGAAGAUGAGGCGGCAGCUCUAGAGGUACCGAAGACGGGUAUUGCAAAGCAGAGUACAACUUUUGUAAAAGAUGUGGUGCAAGGAAAGGGCAACUAUGGACGUUUUGCAACAAAGUGGUUCAGCAAGAAUGGUGGACAGGCGAACGCGAGACGAAGUCAGGGUCUGACGAGGGAGCAGGAAUCACAAGAGUUGGAAGCACUGCCAGACGACAAAUCAGCAGAGGCAAGUCCAAGGCCUAGUGGCGAGUCUGGACGAGAUGACAAGGCUUCCGGACAGGAAUUUUCGAAGUCGGGGAUCAAAAAGAGGACGACCAUCGAACGACUCACACCUCGGAUUCUGCGAAGUGCACGGCUUUACUUCAGCUCUGGCGGGUUCUACUUCUCCUACGAGCACAAUCUUUCAACGAUGCUGUCGCAGCAUGACAGCAACAGCUCGUCGGUGCCACUCUGGAAACGAUUCGACAGUCUUUUCUUCUGGAACAGCCAUCUGUUGAAACCUUUCACAGAUGCUGGCCACGACGCUUUAGCUCUGCCGUUGAUCCAGGGCUUCGUUGGUCAGCGUAAUUUUUCCAUCGCUCGCAAGACUGGCUCCGAGAAGGAUACGGUGCACGAGAAGGAACCACAAUCCACAGACGGCCUCGAUGAAGCAUUUGAAAAGCCUUCUCAGCCACUAGACUCCAACUCACACGAACUCCUCCUCACCCUCAUCAGCCGACGUUCGAUCAAACGAGCCGGGCUACGAUAUCUAAGACGAGGCAUCGACGACGAAGGCUAUGUCGCAAACAACGUCGAAACCGAGCAGAUUCUCUCCUCAAAAUCCUGGAACCCCUCAGAAAAGACCUUUUCCCUCGUCCAAGUCCGCGGCUCCAUGCCCCUCUUCUUUUCCCAAAGCCCCUACAGCUUCAAACCUCUCCCCGUCCUCUUCGGCUCCGAAGCAACCAACCAAACCGCUUUCCGCAAACACUUCGCCUUCCUCUCCCAACGCUACGGCCGCUGCUACGCCGCCUCUCUCGUCGACAAACACGGCACCGAAGUCGUCAUCGGCGAGAAAUACCAGCACCACGCCGAACUCCUCAACACCUCCGGCGGCAUCGACUCCCGCCCGUUGGGAUUCGAAUGGUUCGACUUCCACUCCGCCUGCAAGGGCAUGAAAUUCGAAAACGUCUCCCUCCUGAUGUCAACCCUCGAACCCUCUCUACACUCCUUUUGCUGGAACGAACGCCAGAACUCCCAACCUACCCGCAAACAAUCCGGCGUUUUGCGCACGAAUUGCAUGGACUGCCUCGACCGCACGAACGUCGUGCAAUCCGCCGUCGCAGGCUGGGCAUUGCAGCAACAACUCGCCGAACUGGACUUGUCCAUAGACCUCAAAACCGACAUGGGCACGCAAUGGUUCAACACACUCUGGGCCGACAACGGCGAUGCCAUUAGCAAGCAAUACGCCGGCACGUCCGCUCUGAAAGGCGACUUCACCCGUACCCGGAAACGAAAUUGGACAGGCGCAUUAUCGGACUUUAGUCUCACGCUGAAUAGGUACUACAACAACAUCUUCGGCGACUACUUCCUACAAACAAACAUCGACUACCUCCUCGGCAACGCGGGCCCACUCGUCUUCGAAGAAUUCGAAACAGACAUGAUGAGCCAAGACUACGCCCUCGACAUGCGGAGCGUACGACAAAACGCCAUCGACACGUGCAUCAAAAUCGUCCUCGAAGACCCCAAGGAAGACUUCCUCUCCGGCUGGACGCUGAGUUGUCCUCGCCAAUCGAAUUCCCUGCGAACCCUGCCGAUGGAAGAAUGUGUCCUCCUACUCACGGAUGCGGCACUGUACUUUUGUCGUUUCGACUGGGAGACGGAGAAGGUGGGGAGUUUUGAACGGGUGGAAAUGCUGGAUCUCAAAGCGUUGUGGAGGGGGACGUAUAUUACUAGUACAUUGGGAGAGGCGCAUUUGGAUGAGAGUAGGAAUGUGGGGUUUGCGGUGAAGUAUUCGCAAAGUGGAGGGAGCGUGGUGAGGACGAAUACGAGGAGUUUGUCGGUUAGUGAAGGACCGAGUCAAGAGGAAGCUGAGAAGAAGAGUGGGAAAGCGAAUGAAGUGUUGUUGGCGUUCAAGGCCUUACCGGCUAAAGCGUCGGCGGUUAAGGGGUGGGGUACGGAGGAGGAUAUGAGCGAGGGAGAGCUGGUGCGGCAUAUUUGCGAGGAGAUUCGGAAGACGUGGGAGAAAGCGGCGCGGAAAGAUCGAGGUGGAGAAGUGGAGAGUGAGGGGUUGGAGGUGGAGGAGAGGGAUGUGUUGUCGGCGGCGGACGCGAGGAAGAGUACGACGUAUAUUGAGUCGUUGGGAUAUUCGUUGAAGAAGCUGGUUUGGUCUUGA